AUAAUAUAAACCCUAACACAGAGAAUUUGAGAAAAACCUCUCAAUUGAAAAAUGACUGUUCAGAAUUCAACUUCCACUUCACAAUCAAAUUCACUCAUUUCCACAGCUACACCACGCAAUCAUGAUCAUUUCUUCGUAUGGAAGGAGUUCGUAUGGGGAGGAAUAGCAGGUGGUUUCGGAGAAGGAAUGAUGCAUCCUAUUGAUACUAUUAAAACUCGUAUUCAAACCCAAGCUUUUUUUAAUCUUAACCCUAAUCAGCAGAGUCAAAAGAGCAUACUUCAGAUGGUCAGAGCGGUCCAUGCUGCUGAUGGACUAAAAGGCUUUUACAGAGGUGUAGCUCCUGGAGUUAUUGGAUCCCUUGCAACUGGUGCUACAUAUUUUGGUUUUAUAGAAUCUACUAAGAAGUGGAUUGAAGAAUCACAUCCUGGCCUCGGGGGUCAUUGGGCACAUUUCAUUGCCGGAGCCUUAGGAGAUACGCUUGGUUCUAUUGUGUUUGUUCCUUGUGAAGUAAUUAAGCAACGGAUGCAGGUGCAAGGCACAAGAACAUCUUGGACAAAUGCUAUUGUGAAAGACAGCAUUGGUGCGAAAUCUAGUGGGCAAAUGUAUGGCUAUUAUACAGGAAUGUUACAUGCUGGCAGAUCAAUAUUAAAGGCGCAAGGACCAAGAGGAUUAUAUGCUGGUUAUUGGUCUACACUUGCAAGGGAUGUGCCAUUUGCUGGUCUCAUGGUUAUGUUUUAUGAAGCCCUGAAAGAUAUGACAGAGUAUGGGAAGAAAAAAUGGAUCCCUAAUGCAGAUCGCUUCAUUCAUAGUUCUGUAGAGGGCCUUGUCCUUGGAGGAUUGGCUGGUGGUUUCAGUGCUUAUCUUACAACUCCAUUGGAUGUCAUCAAAACAAGAUUGCAAGUCCAGGGAUCAACUAUCAGGUACAAUGGGUGGUUAGAUGCAAUACAAAGGAUAUGGAGGAUAGAAGGAGUGAAAGGAAUGUUUAGAGGAAGCAUCCCGAGGAUAUCAUGGUACAUCCCGGCCUCUGCUCUGACGUUCAUGGCCGUAGAAUUUCUGAGAGAGCAAUUCAAUGACAAUAGAGACAGCAGCGAAGUUGCAAACUUAACAAUAGAGAAGAAGAAGGGAUCAUCUUUACCAGAGGUAGCUUAGAACUGAAUCCCUGUUUUUGUCAUCACUGUGUCGUAUAGAUUCUGUCCGAAAUGCAUUUGUAAUUCUUUAUCCGACCAAAAGCUGGACGAUAUGGCUCUUUUCAUUGCUUGAGAAGUUAUAUACUUUCUUGGAAACUAGAUAUAGGCUGAGAUGUGAAUUUUUCUAAUUUUAAAAUUUCUUUCUUCAUUUGUAACACUAUAAAAAUCAAAUAUACAAUUGAAAUACAAAUUCAAAUAAAAAGAAAUUGAAGUAA